AUGUUUGUGGACAUGUUUCUAGUAGCCAAGACUGUUCCAAUUGCCAAGGAUCUCCACCUCCCUAUUUAUGUUGUUUCCACUUCCUCAGUCGAGUUCGUCUCUCUCAUGGCGUACUUUCCAGUUAUCCAACUGAAAUCGACCGAGUUCAACAAUGCUUCCACUGAAAUCAAGAUUCCGGGAUUGCCACCGAUGGCCGUGUCAAGCCUCCCACCAGCACUCCUCGAUCCCAGCCAUCUUUUUACUUCGAUCAUCAUUAUGAACUCUCAGGCUCUAUCUGAGGCCGAAGGAAUCUUGAUGAAUACCUUCGAGUGGUUCCAGGCAUCGACACUCGGCACUCUCAACAAAGAGAGGGCGGUGGCAAGCUUACCGCCAAUUCUGCCCGUCGGGCCACUAGAACCAUAUCACAUUCCGCCAGACGGGGACCAUCACUACCGGUCAUGGCUAGAGAACCAGCCCUCCGAAUCCGUAGUGUACAUAAGCUUCGGGAGCAGAACGGCAAUGUCCUGGGAUCAGGUGCGGGAGCUGGAAAAGGGGUUGGAGAAGGCCGGGUGGAGAUUCUGCUGGAACCUGAAGACCAGCAAAGUAGACAAGGACGACCACGAGGGCGAGAAAGACAUCCUGAGCGAUUUCUUUGUGGAGAGAACCAAAAACAAGGGAGUGAUCAUAAGAGGGUGGGCAGACCAGCAGGAGAUUCUGGCGCAUCCAGCCAUCGGAGGGUUUGUGAGCCACUGCGGGUGGAACUCGGUGACGGAGGCAGCCUGGCAGGGUGUGCCGGUGCUCGCAUGGCCACAACACGGAGACCAGAGGCUGAAUGCGAAGGUCGUGGAGGAUGCGGGAUUUGGGCUGUGGGAGAGGGACUGGGAUUGGGGUGUUGAUGGGAUUGUGAAAGGGGAAGAGAUUGAGAGGAAGAUUGUGGAGCUGAUGACAGAUGAGAAGCUGAGAGAGGGAGCCAAGAAGGUGAGAGAAGAGGCCCGGAAGGCUGUUGAGAGUGGUGGGAGCUCUGAUAGGGUGAUUAGGGAUGUAAUUAACUCGUUAUCUCUUCCAUUUUGA